UCCCGACACUUCUGGACAUUUGCACGGCAUAUAAAUUGCCCUCUAUUUUCAAUUUUCUCGUACCUAAUAUGGUUUUGAAUAACACGAUGCAUUUUAUUACUCUUACAUUUUGUUUUAUUCUGCUAUAUGGUUUGAUAAAAGCAAACCAAAAGCGUUAUACAAAAUCAAUUGAAGAUAUAGCUCUUGAAUAUGAAGAUGAUAAAAAUUCAAUGAUUGCAGUUACUGAAAAAGAAAACUCCGAUUUAUACGAAGAUUUUUAUGACGAAUUAGAUAACCGAAUACGUAUAGAACAAUCUAUGAACAUGAUAUUUUUCGGACCUCCUUCAUCUUUCAUGAGACUUGAUCCUGAAACUGUUCUACAUAUCUUGUUAUACACAAAGAAGCAUUUGAUACCCAUUACUAGAGCAUUACUAGCGUGGGAUAUUAUUACUGACGGAAAAACAGCAGCUUAUUUGCAAGGUCGAGAGUUCUUGGCGUUUGGUAGUUUAUUAAACGUAAUACCGGAAGAAGAUUUGUAUUAUGUAAACUUCGGCGAUCCAUCCGUAUUAAAAUAUUUCGCAAAUCACAACGUUAAUUUGCAUAAUCGAAAGUAUGGUGUCUUGGUGUCGGCUUAUAGACGAUACUUUGGGAACAACUGGCAUGCAAACAGCACCUAUAUUAAUGAACUUGGAUAUCUUUUAUGCGGAUUUCCUUCUACCGACCUACAGAAAAUAACUCCCAGCACGUUUCGAGAGAUUGGUGUCGAUGUUUUGGGAAGAUUAAAAAGAUGCAGCGUCAAUCAAACUAAGACUCUGUACAACAUAGCUACUCAUCCAGACGCGUAUGGUGAACCAUACAAAUGGUCCUCGCACGAAGUCACCAGACUAAACAGAUUGCUUACAUGUAUCCCUGAAGAAGAUAUCAGUUCUAUGCACUUAGAAGCAAUAACAGCCAUAAGUUCCGCCGUAAUGAAAAAUAUGCAUCAAAAUAAAUUACAAUAUUUUACGAAGCAGCAAAUAUUGCGAAUGAAUCCAAAAACUAGAAGAGUGUAUGUGUUGAGAAUGCAAUUAAAAAAUAGUUUGGAUAUGAGUCACCUCACAGAACACACUAGUAAUACAUAUCUAUUGAAAAAGAGUCUUUCGUUGCUUUUUGUUAUAAACCUCAUUACUAUUUUAUUGUAAUUAACCAAAAUGAAAUGUUUAACUAAAUUACAAGCAGAUAUUUAUGAUUAAAUAUGUAUAUCAAGAAAUUAUA